AUAAUUCCACUAAAAUUCAACCAAAAAGGGGGGUACAAAAAAAGAAAUUAAAUGUUAUUGAGUGAUGGGUAGUUAAAGAACUUAUGGUGUUAGGCUGUCCAAAAAGAGAAGCAGUUAAAGAGUUUGGAGUACAAUGUCUUAAACAAGAAAAUGUCUGUCCCAUUAUAACCUCUCGAAACCAAACACACACACACAUUACAAUCUCUUCUUCUCUGACAUUACACAAUGGUGGUGGUUUGAGCAAAAGCUUUUCAAAAGACAAAUAAUGGGGAAAACAAGCAAAUGGAUUCGAAGUUUGUUAACCGGAAAGAAAGAGAGAACAAAGGAACAUAUUAUUCAAAGCGAGUGUGGAUUCACUUCCUCCAUUCCAGGCACUCCUAAAGAGAAACGUCGAUGGAGUUUUCGACGUUCUUCAGCCACUGGACCACCACCAGCUUGUGCUAUUACCUUAAAAGAUUCACCGCCACCGCCACCACCACCUCCACCGCAACCACAACCAUUAGUGGUCGCAAUCGUGGACAAUGAAGAUGAACAAAUCAAGAACGUUUCAGGCGAAGAGAUUGAAGAAUUUGCAGCAAUAAAGAUUCAAGCGUGCUAUCGUUCUCAUUUGGCGAGGAAAGCAUUAAGAGCAUUAAAAGGGUUAGUGAAAUUACAAGCACUAGUGAGAGGUCAUUUAGUAAGGAAACAAGCAACAGCUACACUUAGAUGUAUGCAAGCAUUAAUAACACUUCAAGCCAAAGCUCGAGAACAGAGGAUUCGUAUGAUCGGAGGAGAUUCAACAAAUCCAAGAACAUCGAUUCACAAAACCCGAAUCAAUAACCUUUACCAAGAGAAUGAAGAAAACAUCAAGAUUGUGGAAAUGGACAUUCAAUCGAAAAUGUACUCUCCGGCUCCUUCUGCUUUAACCGAGAUGAGUCCUCGCGCGUAUAGUAGCCAUUUCGAGGAUUGUAACUCUUUCAACAUAGCUCAAAGUAGUCCUCAAUGUUUCAGCAGAUUCAAAGAGUAUUACAAUGGAGAUACUUUGUCUUCUUAUGAUUACCCUCUCUUCCCAAAUUACAUGGCUAAUACUCAGUCUUCUAAAGCCAAGGCUCGGUCUCAAAGUGCGCCGAAGCAGAGACCUCCUGAGAUCUAUGAGAAACAGAUGAGUGGGAGGAGAAGAUCUUCGAUGGAAGCACCGAGGAACAACGGUGUCCCGAGAGCUGUAAGGAUGCAGAGAUCUUCAUCUCAAUUAGGGUCAAAUACAGCCAAGGAAAGUCAACAACAUCAGCAUCAUCAUCAGUAUUAUCCGUGGAUGGCGAUUAAGCUCGAUAAAUCUAAUAUAUCGCUUAUGGAGAGCGAAUGCGGAUCUACGAGUACCGUUAUGACUAAUACCAACUACGGUAGACAUGUUGAUGUUCAGGGGAACAGCAUGUACUGAAAACUAUGAUUUAGAAAUCCUAGACAUGCCUAGAAACCGAAGAGCUCUAUGGUUUGUAGUAUUUGAUCAAAAUAGUUUUAAAGAUGAUGAAGAUUCAGCAAAGAACAAAUCCUUUUAUGUAAAUUAAGAUUGUAGUAGAAGUGACUCAUCUCGUCUUAAAUCUUGAUUUUUCCUUUUUCGUCUUUAAUUAUCAUUCGCAUUAACGUUAUAAUAUUUUGGAUAACUUUUUUGAUAGUGUUUGUCAAA